AGGGAUUGAUCUGUGAGUUAUAGCCGUGCCUUGCCUUUUAUCAGCACCAGAGGCUGUCUCAGGGUUCGGGAAAAACAAGGAGCUUGGGUGAAAAGGAUGCUAAUUUUAUAAACCCCCAAUUUCCUCAAAAUCUUACUGACAAUGUUUUCCCAUUCUCACGCAGGGUAUCGGUGAAUGUUUGAUGUCCAAUCUUGGAUGUUCUGGGGAAUUCAUAAACGAGUUACGAUUCAUUGUCCUUCAACAUAUGAUCAUCGACAACAAAUUGGGCGUUUGUACCCACCCAGACCUUAGUCGAUUGGAACAAGUUUUUCAUGAUAAAGAAGAAUAUUUCACGAAGAUAGCCCAUGGGAAAGACCUUGAGGCAGACGACUUUGCACCUUGUGCUGCUAAAACGAACCGCCGCUGUGCAACUGAAUUGGCAAAGGAAUUCAUGAGUAACAAGAAAUUAUGCAGUGAUGUUAGUCACUUCAUGGACUGCUACAAGUCUGCUCCUUGUGACGAUAAAAUAUACAAGGAUUUCAUUCAAUUCUUGAAAAUGGACAGAGAAAACUUUAAACAGAAGUACGCGAAAGAGUUGAGAGAACUGAGUUGUCAGUAAAUGCAAUGACAAGGCAACGAAAGGCUUGCAGAAGUCAGGAUAUCGGAUAAUGACAUUACAUGCAGAUAUAAUAUUUAACCAAACAAUAAAAAGUAAAUUAAUGACUUCAAGAAUGUAAAUGAAUGACUACAAUAAAAAUAAAUAAAUGACUUCAUGUCAUGCUC